AUGGCCUGGCAAAAUCUCACAUUGAAUGGUGAAGUUGAGGACGUUAAGGCAAAUGGCCUCGAUGAGGUUCCUAUUGAAGAGCUGCUUCGUAUUCACGAAUAG